AAAAGGGCAGAUACAGCUCGCCGUUAACAGGGUGAACUAACAGAGAGAGAAAUCACCACGGAGAGAGUUAUAGGAAAUAUAUGGACUACACUUCUACUCUGCAGCAGCUCGGAGGGACACUGAGAGGCUUGUGUGAGGUGUCUAAGCUGAGGACAGUUGUGAAGAGAAGACAAGGUGAUCAUCUCGGUUUGUCUGCAGUCAAACUCCAGAAAUCACCUGGAUAUCCCAAAAACAGACCAAAGACUUUUUACUCUCAACACAAACCCUUUGACUUCAGCAGUGACAGCACAUUAACAGAUUUCUCUCAUUGCCUUGGAUCUUACUGGAAUUUAAACACUUUGUCAAAUUCUUACCUGCAGGGAGAAUACAGUUUUGGAUGCAUAUUAAUUUCCAACUUGGAAAUAGCCAUUUUUGUAAACCUUCUAUAAGUUUUCCUUUAACAGCGAUACUCCCUGAUGAUCACAGGGGAAUAUGUCACUCUGUUUCUGGUGGGCUCCUGUUUCCUGUUGGACUACAGCUCCCAAAUCCCUCUGCAGGCUCAAUUCCAGAGCAGAACUAAGGCUGGAGUGAUGUCAGCCAGGGGAGGGACAGGAGGUAACACUGUGAGGUCUUCUUUGGGAGAAGGGACAUCAUUAGAAGGCAGGACGAGGCUAAGGAGACGUGGGAGGUCGAGGGUCCAGCGUAUGAAAAGAGGAUGGGUGUGGAACCAGUUCUUUGUCCUGGAGGAGUAUAUGGGAUCUGAACCACAGUAUGUUGGAAAGCUCCACACAGACAUGGACCAUGGACACAAUGCUGUCAAGUACACUCUGUCAGGAGAAGGAGCUGGGUCCAUCUUCACCAUUGAUCAAAUUACAGGAGAUAUACACGCACUGGUGGGGCUUGACAGGGAGCAAAAGUCCUUCUACACACUUACUGCCCAGGCUGGUGACAUCCACACAGGCCUCCCUCUGGAGCCGCAGUCUGAGUUCAUCAUUAAGGUGCAGGACAUCAAUGACAAUGAGCCACGAUUUGCUGAUGGUCCCUACAGUGCCAGUGUCCCUGAGAUGGCUCCAACAGGAACCUAUGUAACACAGGUGACUGCCACAGAUGCAGAUGACCCCACAUAUGGCAACAGUGCACGUAUUGUCUACAGCAUCCUUCAAGGCCAGCCAUACUUCUCUGUGGACCCCAUGACAGGAGUGAUCAGGACAGCUCUAGCCAACAUGGACCGCGAGGUAAAAUCAGAGUAUCAGGUUCUUCUCCAGGCAAAGGACAUGGGAGGUCAGCUGGGAGGGCUGGCCUCCACCACCACCAUCAACAUCACCCUCAGUGACGUCAAUGACAACCCACCACGUUUCACUAAGAGUAUUUUCCAUCUGCGGGUGCCAGAGUCGGCGUCAGUUGGGUCAGCAGUGGGUCAGAUUCAAGCCCACGAUCUGGAUGCUGGCAGCAAUGCAGAGGUGGAUUUUGCCAUUGUUCCAGGAGAUGAGGGCAACAUGUUUGACAUCUUCUCUACCAGCGAAAGUCAAGAGGGAGUUGUCAUCUUGAAAAAGACUCUGGACUAUGAGACUAAGAAGUCCUACACCUUCAAGGUCGAGGCAUCCAACGCACAGGUGGACCCACGUUUCCUCCACCUAGGGCCCUUUAAAGACUCAGUGACAGUCAAGGUGAAUGUCCUGGAUAUAGAUGAACCCCCAGUCUUCACUAAGCCAUCCUACUCUGUGGACGUAUACGAGGACACUCCUCCAGGAAUCAUCAUCAGCUCUGUGACCGCUCAAGACCUGGAUGCCAGCAGCAGUGCUGUCAGGUAUUCCCUGGAAUGGCAGACAGAGUCUGACAGCUGUUUUGACAUUGACACUGUUGAGGGAACCAUUUCCACGAAUGAUUACCUGGACAGAGAGACAGCUGUUCAACACAAUAUCACUGUACUGGCAACCAAAGUCAAUAACCAUCUGCUGGCAGCUAAAGUGUCAGUGACGAUCAACAUCCUGGAUGUCAAUGAGUUCCCUCCUGAGCUGGCGCUUCCUUCAGAUACCUUUGUGUGUGAGAACGCCAGAGUGGGACAGGUGAUCCAGACAGUCAGUGCUGCGGACAAAGACCUUCCUCCUGUCGGCCAGAGGUUCUUCUUUAAGUCCCCUAAAGAGCUCCGCAACAGAAACUUCACUGUUAGAGAUUUUGGAAGCUUCUCUUGGCAGUUCUGCAUUUCAACAGCAAUGGCAGCAGAGAAGUUGCUCGAACCAGUGAUGGUGAGCAUAUGCAUCAGCCCUCAUCGAGUCUCUGAGAGUGGGAUACUCCAGAUCACCACAGGCUCUACGAGAGUAUAGUGCUGUCUUGUCUUCCACUACACCUGCCCCGCUUUCCAGAUCCUUCCAGAAGAUCAACAAGGAUGAGGCAGUUGGCCUGUAUCUUGCACGGCAUUCACGAUUAAACACAGGACAUUAGUGUAGCACAGGUGUUCUGGUUUGAAUGACUCAUUCUUUGCUUCGUUUUUCAAGUUUUCUCAGUGUUGCAAGAAAGCAUUUUUGACCUUUUUUACUGUUUAUUUAUGCUUAUUAUGCUUAUUAUACUCAAAUACACAUAUCUCAUGACUUUCUAUAUGUGUAUUUUGAUGUAGAUCCAAAUGCACAUUAAAACAUUUUCUAUAAAUUAAAUAUCUAAUUGAGAAGUGAGACAGCUUUUGUUGGAAGUAUGCACUCUGAGUGCUUUCUAGUUUUAAAUGGGUCAGUUGACAUAUUUUUCUUUCAAUGAUAUACAUUUGGUACAUCCAUGUACAUAUGUGACCAGCCAUGGAAAAACCAGGAACAAGUCUCCCGAGAGGCAUUUUGAGUUAUUUACAGAUUCUGAAAGUGUAGUUUUCUAACGAUGUCUAACACAUGGAAAUCUGAAAAGAUUUGAAGAAGUUGUGGCCAUUUGAAUGCAGACACUCCUUGAACUACUUUACUGAGAAAUCCAGCCUGAACGAUUUUGAAUUCACAAGUGCCAGGUAACACAAUGCUGCUCAUUUGCAUCUCAUGUAGAUAAACCCUACCCCCUACUGGUCUAGCUGUCAGUGACAUCUGGUAUCUGUUAGCCUGCAGGGCAGAAACUAUUGUAGUAGUUUGAACAAUGUAGUUAAUGUUGAUGUAGUUAUUUUCCUUAAGCACUUUAGUGGACUGAUCAGAAUCAGAAUGUACUUUAUUGAAAUGGAAAUGCUUUUGUUACAAAAAGCUCCUGAAUAAAGUUGAUCAUUGGGGGUGUACUAUUCUGUAUACAAACUUGUGUUUUGUGUUCCUCUGUGUGUGCAUAUGUACGUUUAAUCCACAGUAAAUGCCCUAAAACUCAAAAAUACACGAUCGGCCAUCCGGUCAAAGUACACACAUUAAACAGAAUUUUAAACGUAGGUCUUGGGUCAGGGUGGUUUGGAUCCCGUAGAAAGUGGGACUUACCGGCGCGGGCCCAAGCACUGGGCCCGUUGAGAUGAAUGGGUGUCCGCUGUCCACAGCUGCAGUCAGUCCGGUGUCCAGAAAACAGCACAGAAGGUGUAAAAAUGGGUUCUGGGGUGUUCACAGGGUCUUUCCCUCUCAGGCGGGCAGUAUUGUUGUGGUCGAUCCGGUUGUAGAAUGGAGAAAAAACUAGUAUAUUGCUAAAAGUUAGCGAAACGCUAAAGUAGUUUGGUGUGGCUGUGUCGGCACCAGUCACAGGUCAAAGACACGAGAUCAGCCAUCCACCAUCCGGGCCAACGUACAGACUUUAAGACAAAUAAAAUCUUAAAAGUAGUAGAUUAAUUAAUCAAUGAACACCGAGCAGAUAUUUCCCUCAGAAUCUAACGGUUUAGCUAGCUUGCUAAUCGUCAACAAACGAGUUGUUGAUGUUAUAAAAGGUCCAGAAAUACUGACGAAGUGUUUAAAUCCUCGUAGCAGUUCCUUAUGCAGGAGCGGCUGGCUGCAUAAGUAGCCAUGUGGUUCAGCUGAUUGGCCGAAAAAAGAACAAAAGCACGUGAAUAGCCAAAGAAAGCCAGUAUGCAAAUUUACUGUUGUUAUCGCCGCACCCCCAACUAGGAUCAGAGCAUUUCCUCUAAAACAAUACAAAUUCAAAUACAAAUGGUUUUAAGGCCACCAAUACUAUUAUUUGAAACAUGGAGUGGCUUCUUCAUGAUUUCAACUUACACAUUAUGCAGAAAACCGAAAAUCACUCAUUUUUAAAAAAAAAAAAAUCGAAUUUUUUUUUUUUCCAACUUGUGCCGGGCCGACUUGUUGCUGGAUUUCUCGUGGCGGGCCACAUAUUUUAAAAAGUUCAAAUUUUGGUGUUUUGGUUGUUUCUGUUUCAUAUUUUUAUUGAUGUGUAUACAAGAAUAACAAAGGCACUUACAUAUAUCAGGGCACAUUGGUGUCAGCAUUCGACAUGUUUGUAUACACCAUUAGAUUUAGAUUAACAUAUUUUUAAGAACAAACAAUGAUUACAAAAAAUAGAACCAGAUAGACAAUACAAUGAAAAAAGUAUUUAGACAUAGUCUGUAUAAAAUGA